AGUGCGGUGAUAUUUUCAUACAACAGUGGACUUUGCAGAGAAGUUGGAGCAAGAUUGAAGCAAUUAGGUUAUGUAUCAUACAGAAUGACUACGACAAUGGAUAUUCAUGAUGAAUAUAUCUUAUAUAUAACACCAGAAAAGUUUUACAUCGAAGCAACUAACAGCAAUGAACUGCUUGUCAUCGACAGGGUCAGCCAAGAUAUGCUUCUGCAAGGGAAACAUGUUCAGAUCCCGCAAUCAUCUAGUAGCAAACCAAUUUGUGGUAUAGUUGGUAUAAUCCGUCUAAUAGCAGGUCCUUACCUGAUUGUAGUGACCCGGAAAUGGAAAGUUGGUACUAUCAAUAACCAAGACAUAUGGCGUAUUGAUGAAUGUGAAGUCAUUCCAUUUUCACGCACUCUUCUGCAUUUGACUGAAAAACAGACAGCAGAGAAUCAGCAAUAUGUCUCGAUGGUGGAUCAUGUUCUCAAAACACCACAUCUGUACUUCUCAUACUCAUACGACCUUACACACACACUCCAAAGGUUACACAACACAACACCAGAAUUUCUUCAGAUGCCACUUCAUGAGCGUGCUGAUCCUAGGUUUGUCUGGAACAGCAACCUUUUACGAGAAAUGGCAACACGUCAAGAACUACAUCGUUUUUGCUUGCCAAUAGUUCAUGGCUUCAUUUCCGUCAACCAUUGUUCUCUGAAUGGCAAACCAUUUCUGUGGACCUUAGUGUCUCGCCGCAGUUGCUAUCGUGCGGGAACACGGCUCUUCACACGUGGAGUUGACUUCCAGGGCAGUGUUGCAAAUUUUGUUGAGACAGAGCAGAUAAUUGAAUAUGGAGGUGACCGUAGUUCCUUUGUACAGAUAAGGGGGAGCAUUCCCCUCUUCUGGACACAGUUACCCAACUUAAAAUAUAAACCAAGGCCUCGACUUGUGCCCACUGAGAACCAUGCAGAAGCCUUUGCACGCCAUAUCGAGACUCAGGUGUUCAAUUAUGGCCGUAUUGUCCUUGUCAAUCUGAUCGACCAUAGAGGAGCAGAGGAUGUUUUGGAGAAAGCAUUUCGUGAACAUGUCACAAGACUUGGAAAUUCAAAUGUUAGGUACGAAGCAUUCGACUUCCAUGCAGAGUGCCGUGCACUUCGCUGGGACCGUCUCAGCAUCCUGCUCGAUCGACUCUCUCAUGAACAAGAUGAAUUUGGAGUUUUUCUCCUGACUCGUGAUGGAACCUUGGUGUCACAACAGGAUGGUGUUUUUCGCACUAACUGUGUUGACUGCCUGGACAGAACAAAUGUAGUGCAGAGCAUGCUUGCACGUCGCUCACUUACACAAGUAUUGCAGAAGCUUGGACUCCUACAACAAAGUCAAGCUGUUCAACAGCAACCACUCCUCGAGUACCUCUUCAAGCAGGUGUGGGCCGACAAUGCAGAUGUCCUCAGUAUACAGUACUCUGGGACUGGUGCUCUGAAGACUGAUUUCACACGCACUGGAAAAAGGACUCGCAUUGGUCUUCUGCGAGAUCUUGUCAAUUCUCUGACCCGCUACUGCAAGAACAAUUUUGCUGAUGGUUUCAGGCAGGAUGCCAUUGACUUGUUUUUGGGUCGCUAUCAAGUACAGGAUGGUGAGGGUGCUGCUCAGCCAUGUCCUCUGGAGACUGAAAAGGGAUGGAAAUACAUCACUUUCCCAGUAGUACUGAUGGUGGCAAUAGCAAUGUUCUUUGCGAACAUUAUAACGCCAACGGAAUAUAACACAGAGAGUCUUCUGUACUUACUGUUCUGGGCAUCAAUGGUAUCUGUGACCUCAAUGAUAAUUAUGAUCUAUGGCACUGAGUUUGUGGAUUAUCCAAAGCUGUGUGAACUCAGAGGAUCCUCGGCACUUUCUUUAGAAUAGCAGUAAAUAACUCGAUUGCUAAUUCCAGUUAUUCUUGUCUCUCCUAAGUAUCAUUUCCAUAACAGUGAUAGAUUCUAGUAAACAUGUUUUUUGUUGUACAUGGAGCAGCAUAAUUUUACCUGCCACUUCAAGUACUACUACAUGAAUGUAUCUACAUUCAGUCUAACAUAUCUUCUGAAAAGCAUGGUAGUAAACAAAAGAACAGAACUACAUGUUUCUGUUUAAGCAGAUUAUAGAUAGACUGUGAAGAGGCAGUCGACAUAACUUUUUAGACUUUUAACUAAAUAGAAAGGUUUACUUUUAAGAAAUGAGGUUAGCAUUCAUUUCAGGAAAUAUAGUCUGUGUUUUCCUGUAGUAUUUCGUUUAGGUGAUAUGUAUGAGAGAUCUGCAGAAAUAUUUUUCUGCAAUCUCAUUUUGUUCAGAAAAUGAAUAAUAUUCCACAUUCUUGUACUAAGUACAAUUUUAAUGCAUAACCUCCUUAAUUAUACAUUAGGUACUAUUUCCUGUUAAAACUAAAACUGCAACUUUUAUGACUUAACUUUUGGUACUGAGCAAAUUAGAAAGUAGAAUUUGUUUCAUUUUGCAUUUAGAAUCUUGGUCACUCACAUUUUUUAGUUAUUUUGCCAGAUUCGAUUCUGGCAGUUCAUAGAUAGUCUGUAUGCAUUUGUUAUACAAUAUAUUGCUUUUUGUUAUACAAUAUAUUGAUUGUUGCAUGAAUUAUUAGGGUUUUAUCCAACUGUCAGUUUUCUGUUCACCUCUUUCUGUGUUUAUCACAGGUAAUCAUGCAGCUCCUUCUGUAUAUACAUGUACAUAUGUACAUAUGUACAGAGGUUAAGAUAGUUUGGUGGUAGAGGAUAUACCAACCAGCCCCUCCCCCCCCCCCCCCCCCCCCCCACCCCCCCCAUCACUCUCUCCUCUCUCUCUCCUCUCUCUCUCUCUCUCCUCCUCUCUCUCUCUCUCUCUCUCACACACACACACACACACACACACACACACACACACACACACACACAGAGAGAGAGAGGAGAGAGAGAUGAGAGAGAGAGAGAGGAGAGGAGAGAGAGGAGAGAGAAUUCAGUUAUUCAUUUGGAAGCUAAAUAGGAAAGGAGAAUAAUGAAAAUGUAUUGUAAGAUCCCAAAGUGAAGAGAAGAAAAGUUCUCUCUAACUGACUUGCUAUUCAAGAAUGGGAAAAUAAAGACCAGUUGUUGCACACAUUAUCAUGUCACUGCCUGCACUUGCAUUUACUUUUAUGUUGCUGUCUGUUGCUCCUUGCUUCUGCAUAAAUUUUCAUCCUGUCAUUUUUCACAGAUCCUUGAGAAAAAAAUUUGAUUUUGAAAGUUUCUUCUUUUGAAAGCAACCAUUAAUGAUGCCAUGAACUUCAUUUCUUUAAUACAGCUUUCACCCUUGUUUGCAGCUUUAAUAUUUAUGUUCUCUAAUUCCUCUCCAUCCCUGCCCCUUUAGUUUGAGAAAUAUCCAACUCAAAGUAGCUGCCUGUGGUUAUAGCUCUGCUAUCCUUCACAAAGGGACUGUUACACUAUAGGAGAUGAGGAGUACAAGCAGAUAAAAAAAAAUCCUGUGCAAUACUGUUGGGGUCAGCAAGUGAAUCACCAUUGACCGCUGCCCAAAUACAUUAUAUUAGAUACAUUAGCAACUGUGAAAAGAUUUGAUCAUUGUAGAUGAAAAUAUUUUAUGAAUGGCGAGCUUUCGGAAGUGCUUCUUGUCACAGAAAAGGUUGCACCAGAAUAUCAAAUAACUGUGGUAAUUGAAGAGAUAGAAUGUAAAAAGCUAAAGAAGCAGAGUAAGGAGGAUUGUCAUCCAUCAACUUACUGGGCAGCAAGCUAGAUUCAGAGGGUGAUUUUAAAUUUUGUUUUUGCACUGUGAAAUUCUUCCAUCAAUUUCACUUAAUACUAUGUUUCUUAAUCAAUCCACUAAUCAGGCCUGUUCCAUAAGCUAUGGCCAGAAAUGCUUUGUUUAACAUUUAGUGACUUUCUUUUAUUUAUAAUAGCCUUUUACUUUUCAUUUACUAACAGUUUUGGCUUUCAUUCUUUCAAACAUAUUUUUCUCUUUCUCUCUACAGCUUUCAAAUUGUGAUAGUGCCACCACUCCCUGCUUUUUGUUUUUUGUGUUGAGAGCUUCACACAUCUUAAUUCUGUUCAUACAUCCACUGAGAAUAUUUUCUUCCAUAUCCAUUUCAGUGAUUCAUAUAUGAAGUGAAUGAGGUGUAUACCUUUCUUUAUAAUAGUGUACUUUUUUGUAUAUAUGUACAUACUGAGAAUUGUAAAUCUUCCAUAAUAUUGUACAAACAAUGCUCAGGAGGCACAAGUAAAGUGUCACGCUAAGCAAAAAUAUAUUGUAAUUUAACAAGAUAUAUCAUGGUGAUAUAUUUAUAUUCUUCCAAUUCAUGUGAUGGAAGAAUUCGAAUUUUGUUCUGUGAAACAAAAAAAGGGAAGAUGCAAAUAUUUUGCAUCCCUGAUAUCAUAGUUUUAAGUUUCAACUAUUAAAGUAAUGUAAUUGGAUGGAUAAUUUAGAGGUUCCAUUGUUUAAUCCUUGUAUUAUAACCAUGUUAAUUCUAAGUCCUAUCUCGCAAAGCAGGAAGAAAUUAGCCUAUCAUUUUGUAGGGCGAGCCAUUAUUAUCUGCACUUUUUUGUGAUACUAGUUAUUGGCUUUUUUUUUAUUGCUGUGUCAUAAUCUCAAAUUCCUCUGCAAAAUUAUACAAUUCUUAUACAGGUUCUUUAUUAUCAUAGUGUAUUUUUAAAUAUUGGACUCUGUAAAUAAUCUUGCUGUACCUGAUAGUUAGUAUGAUUUUCUGGCAAAUGUGGCAUUUUCAAAUAAACAUUAUUAUUCAUUCACGUGGGCUUAAGUAUUAUAUUAUGACAAGUGUUAAACAAUUGUCAUGUAAAUAAUAGUGAAUGAAUUAACUGUAGUUUGUAUUUCUAUGGGUGCUGCAGAAGAGGUAAAAUAGUGCAUUAUCAGAAGGCAUGUAUUUAGUAAGCAGUCAUUUAAUUCAGCAGUAGUAAGAAGUCUGAAAUAGAUUGCGUUUUUGCAAUGUGCGAUUACAGUAGGUACACGUACUUCCGACAUUGAGGUGCAGAUGUUGACGACUUCAAGCAGUUUUCAUACUCGCACUUUAAUGUGUGUGAAUACUGUUUUACACAUUUUGAAGGUCCUUUAUAAACAUUACAGACAGAGAGCGCAUAGCUAAAAGGCAAAAAUCACUUAUUCAGUUUUAGAGCUGCAUUGCCAAAUAUUUACCUACUUUCCCAGGUGAUGAUCCACACAAACAAUAAACUUUAAUGACUUUCUAUUAAGUUAAAAUGUGAUAAAAACUGAGAUAUGACAGAAGCCGAGUUUUAUAGUAGCGUUAGGCAAUAAAAAUUUUAUUCUUUUUGCAUGUAAGUGAAACUUACUUCAAAAAUGAUGUUUGAUAUCUUUGUGAUAGAACAUCAUGUACCAGUGAUUCUGUCCAUGGCUAAACAUUCCAUUAACUUAAUUAUAAAGUACAGAUUUAUUUCACUCAUUCGUAAGCAGCAGUUCCAUCUGUGGUGCUGAUGCCUCUCACAUGCAUAUACUCAUUUUGCAGGCAUAAUUUAAUGUGCAAUGGGAAGUUAAAUUUUUUUAUGCUCAAAUGUAGAAUUAAAAUGUGGUUUAUCCAUUUCAUUCCUGUACAAAUUAGUGGAUAGAAUUGUAAUCCACACAACGUAAAAAAAUACAUCAAAAUAUGAUCUUCGCAUUAAAACAACAAGUAUCAGAUAUCAUAGUGAAAUGUAAUGCAUGUAUCUGCAAAUCCAUACAGCAUCUGAUUGACCAUCAGUGGUAUUGUCCUUGAGACUAUUGGCAACACACCUGUCACCAAGUUUCUUCAUAAUCGCUGAACUGAAACUGACCCAAGAGGUAAAUAUUUCAAACAAAGGCAACCUUGUUAAUUUCCAGGUCACUGCAUUCGAUUAAUUUACACAUUUAUAAUUUUGUACAACUAACAUAUUGUUGCACAUUAUAUCACUUGCUUGGAAAUUUCCAGUAUCUUAAUUGUUCAAUAAUUUGUCUUUUCUUUCACAUUGCACCACUUUCUUUCUCUCACCUGUUUAGAGAAGAAUACAACAGUAUUUGCUAAGACUAUGAUCUUUCAUUUGUAGCAGGAGUGUAGGUAAACUAAUCCAAGUUCUUGAUUCUUAGUAGUUGUGUCAUUUUGUUCUAUCACAAAUGACUGUUAAAGUUUUUUAAAACGUAUAUGUUGUAAGUUAUUUAGAAACAGUAUAUUUUUGUAUUUGUGGGUGUACAGUUUUGAUGCUUUUUUAAUGAAGCCGGUGUAAAUCUUUCCUCAGAUGACAUUAUUCAAAGUAACAGUAUAUAUUAGCUAUUGUAUACCAAAAAUUAUGUAGUAACUUUGAAACAGAAUAAAAUAUUUUCAAGAAAGUA